AUGGUUUUUCUUUUUAGGUUUAAGGCUCCAACCUUAAUUGCGUCCCGAUUUGCUGUCGUUUUCGUUUCAUUUAGGAGCUGUCACCUACAGCAGUAUGUAGCUAUGUCUGAAAAGGGUGGCCAACUCAUUUGCCUUCUCUCAUUCUCUCCUUCAUUCUUCGCCGCCGCCAAUGCCACUUCAAUGCACCGCUGUGUGUUCCAAGACUACAGUGGUUUAUUUUUUCUUCCGCUGCGUAAAUUCAAUGCAGCGAUGUCUUCUGAAAAGUCCCGGCACCAGUGUGCCUCGGCUCGGCGAACUGUAAACUUCAUAUGGCUAAGAUGCAAUGGAAAAAAAAAGAAAAGAGAAGUAUAA